AGCUAAUGAGACACCAGAGAUAAGAACACUUCUGUCACAGAGUAUUGAUCUUCAAAUGAAAUUAUUUCGUAUACAAGUAGCAAUGUUAUAAUACUACUGAAUUUUCCAGAUGUAUAGAAUUUCAUAGAUUAAUUCCAUUUGAAAGUAGUAAUUAUUUUACGUCAUUUUAUUUAUGACGCCUUACCAUUUCAACUAAAAUGUCGUCUCUAUGUUCAAAACGAACAUUUUCGGGGUUACUUAAAUCGUAGCCGUGAAGACAAUGCAGUGAAAGUAGGAAUAAUUUUAGAAAAAAAUAUACAUUGUAAGAAAUUGUAUUUUUUUUUCACGAAUUCACGAUGGAAUAUUCCCAGGAAGAAGAUCUAGCGGAUUUGGGAGGGGAACUAUUCAUCAAAGAGGUGCCUAAGGAAACGUCAAAUAGCUUAGUGGUUUUAAGAAAGGCUGGUGAAUUAUGUGAUGCUGUGAUCCAAGUAGGUGAUGAAAAAAUACCUGUUCACCGUGUUAUAUUAGCUGCUGCCUGUCCCUAUUUUCGAGCUUUGUUUACAAACAGUAAGUUUGAAUCUGACCGUCAUACGGUCAAUAUUACUGAUAUAUCGGCUCCGAUUAUGAGCAAAAUUAUCGGUUACAUGUAUACAAAUGCUUGUAAUAUCAAUGAUGAAAAUGUAAGUGAUAUUUUGAUUGCUUCAGAUUAUUUGAACAUGACUCAUCUACAAGACCUUUGCUGCGAUUAUUUAUCAUCGAAAAUUUCUAUUUUUACCUGCAUCAAUAUAGAAAACUUUGCAAAAAAAUUUUUCUGUGAGAAGCUCCGACAGAACGCGCAUAAAUUUAUAUUGCAUAACUUUACUAAAGUUUACACUGGCUGUGAUGACUUUCAACUACUAGAUGACACUUCACUUCAUGAAAUAUUAGGCUCGGAAGAACUGAAUAUCAAAUCGGAAGAGAUUGCUUUUGAAGCUAUCAUAAAAUGGAUUGAUUAUGAUCCACCGAAUCGAAAAUGUCAUAUUGCUAAACUGUUACGAAAUGUACGUCUGGCACUUUUGACGACCAAUUAUUUUGUGGAAAAAGUUAAAGUACAUCCAUAUGUUCACGAGAACAAAGACUGCAAAUCUCUUGUUAUUGAAGCGCUGAAGAUUCUAUACGAUUUAGACAUCAAUGAAAAUAAUUUAGUAGCUGACAACAUUAGUAUUGCACGACCAAGGCUGCCGUAUGAAAUCAUCUUCGUUUUUGGUGGCUGGAGCGGUAGAUAUGCAACGAAUCUGAUGGAAACAUAUGAUUCUAGAGCAAAUCGCUGGAUGAAAUGUAAAGGAGUAAAAUCUGACUUCCGAGCCUAUCAUGGAUCGUGUGUUCUAGACAGAUAUGUUUAUAUAAUUGGUGGCUUUGAUGGCAUGGAGUACUUCAAUAGUGUACGCUGCCUGGACACAACAUCGCAAGAGUGGAAAGAAGUAGGACCAAUGCACAACAGAAGAUGUUAUGUCAGUGCAGCUGUGUUGAACAAUGAAAUCUAUGCUAUUGGAGGUUAUAACGGAGUGGUAAGGCAGAAAACAGCCGAACGUUAUAACAAGGAAAAUAAUCAGUGGUCUUAUAUAACUUCAAUGAAUAGCGCCCGGAGUGAUGCUGCCGCGACAGUACUUCGGGCGAGAAUAUACAUCUGUGGAGGUUUUGAUGGAAUUGAAAUCUUCAGCUCAGCUGAAUAUUACUGUCCAAUUACUGACCAAUGGACCAUGAUAACACCAAUGAGAAACUUAAGGAGUGGUGUCAGUGUUGUAGCCCAUCAGGAUUUUGUGUACGCACUUGGUGGCUUUAACGGAGUGACCCGCAUCAAUAGUGUCGAGAGAUAUAGUCCUACCAGCAAUUCGUGGCAAACCAUACAAGAAAUGGAUACUCCUAGAAGUAACUUUGCAGCUGUGCUGUUGGAAGACACAAUAUUUGUGAUUGGAGGAUUCGAUGAUCUAACGACGAUAGCUUGUGUGGAACGUUAUGAUGACACCGUUGAUCAGUGGUUUAAAGUAAGUGAUAUGAACCUUCAUAGAAGUGCAUUAAGUGCCUGCGUUGUUAAAGGACUACAAGAUGUGAGCAAAUAUAUUUACGAGCGCGCACAGGAUGAUAGUGCUUGGAAGUGGUUUUAACAAGUACGAAAAAUAUGAGUUUAUUGCCUUAUACCCAAAGUUGGUCGGGCAAUGUGUUAAUAAAUUGAUUUUUCUUUUA